AUGCCCCCUCCGCCUCCGCCGCCGCCGCCAAUGCCUGCGAUGGGCGGCCCUCCUCCGCCUCCUCCACCGCCAGGAGGUCCUCCUGGAGCUGGCAAUCUACCUGCGAGACCACCACCAGGAGGCAGAGGCGCUCUCCUCUCCGACAUCACGAAAGGCAAGGCUCUCAAGAAAGCCGUUACGAACGAUAGAUCUGCGCCGAUAGUUGGGGGUUCCUCUGGCGGCGGUUCCUCCGGAGGACCGCCUCUAGGAGGUGCGCCUCCGGUCCCAGGCUUUGGUGGUGCUCCUAAACCUCCCGGUGGUCUUGCUCCUCCGGUGCCCGGAAAUCGAGCUAGAAGUAAUAGCGACCAGAGCGGGCGAGAAAGCGCGCCUGCACCGCCCACACAGGCAGCACCACAACUAGGGGGACUCUUUGCGGGAGGUAUGCCGAAACUGCGGAAGACUCGUGGCGCUGUUGAUACCGGUGCUUCUAUGGACUCGUCGUAUCUAUCGGAUCCCGAGAGCAAUGUGCGGUCAUCCUCUGCGCCGAAGCCACCCACAUUCGGAGCACCAAAACCUCCUGGCGGUGCGGCGCCGGCUCCGCCGGGAAGGCCGCCUCUACCUCCUCCCAACGCCGCGCCGGCCCUGCCGCCAUCCAUUGCCAACUUGCGCAAGACGCCCAGCGAUCUACCCCGGCCAGGCUCUUCAGCAUCGAUGAAAGGGCCUCCACCUCCUAUAGGCAAGAAGCCGCCACCACUGCCAGCAUCCCGGAAGCCCUCUACUACGCCUAGCCAUCCACCUCCAUUACCUGGAUCGCCAGCUCCAGGAGCACCCCCUCCACCACCUCCAUCGUCUGCUCCAGCACUUCCGUCCGCACCCCCCUCAGCGCCGCCGCCACCCCCUGCUGCUGCUGCUCCCAGAGCUCCAGCACCAUCGCCUCCGUCGAGGUCCCCAGCACCUCCACCUCCUCCACCGGCCUCAAACGGACCUUCGCCGCUGGCAAUGCAAGCCGCUUUACGAGCAGCCGGACAAGCAUCUCCAAGUGCUGCUCCACCGCCUCCCCCAUCAGCGGCUCCCUCGCCCCCCGCCUCCGCACCUCCUCCACCAGCAGCACCCCCUACGAGGGCCCGUGCUGGUUCCGGUCUACGAUCUUCUAUGCUAGAUCCAAGCGCCUUCACUCUUGCUCCCAAUGGUGCAAAGAGUCCAAGCCCUACUCGAACAAACACGAUGAGCAGUCUCAAUGUCGGCGGUGGGGGCCAACGAUACAUCGUACAAGAUCCUCGAUGGAAGUUCCAGGAUGAUGCCAUGUUGCCAAAGCCAAGGGACUUUGUAGGCGGUCCCAGACGAUACAGAGCCGGCAGAGGUAGCAGUGUUCCUCUUGAUCUCAGCGCCCUAUAA